AUGCUGCAGGAGUCACAAUGUUUAGCGUUGCAAAGAGGACUCCAACUCCCAGAGUGCCCCGGCCUACCCAGCUCCUGUCUGCACGGGGUCAAAGUAGCCCAGCCUCUCGGAUCCCCCGCACUCCCGGAAGAAAGUGUCCACCGCUCCUGCGGGAAGAGGAAGGCGAGUUUCGCAGCCAUGCUCCGCAGAGUGGCCCGGACCGUGGUCCCGGGGCUCAAGGUGCCCUGGGCGCGGUGGUCUAGGAACUGGGCGGGGGUCCCAGACCAGGUGGUAGACCUGCGCAGCGACACGGUGACCCGGCCAGGGCCGGCCAUGAGGCGCGCCAUGGCCGAGGCGGUCGUGGGAGACGACGAUUACGGCGAAGACCCUACGGUCCUCGAACUGCAGGAGAAGGCUGCAAAGCUGCUUGGGGUGGAGCAGACCCUGUUUGUGCCAACCAACACCAUGGCCAACCUCAUCUCUGUGAUGGGUCACUGCCGGCGCCGGGGUUCCCAGGUCCUCCUUGGGCAGGAAUGCCACCUCCACGUCUAUGAGCAGGGCGGGGUGGCUCAGAUCGCCGGGGUGCAUUCCCAGCCCCUCCCAGACAUGCCCCAUGGCACCUUGGACCUGAACGAGCUGGAGAGGGCACUCUCUCGGGGUUUCAGGAGCUCCUACCAUCCAGUCUGUGAGCUUGUGUGUCUGGAGAACACACACAGCAGCGCAGGGGGCCGGGUCCUUCCCAUCGACUACCUCCGCCAGGUGCGCCUCCUGGCCCACGCCUACGGAGCACGGGUCCACCUGGAUGGGGCGCGAUUGAUGAAUGCAGCUGUGGCUCUGCGUGUGCCUCCCGCCCGCCUGGUGGAGCACUGUGACUCUGUAUCCUUCUGCUUCUCUAAGGGUCUUGGUGCACCAGUCGGGGCGCUGGUCUGUGGAGCCAAAGGCUUCAUUGAGGAAGCCUGGCGCCUCCGCAAAGCCCUGGGUGGAGGCAUGCGCCAGGCUGGAGUACUGGCUGCGGCUGCCAUGGUGGGACUGGCUGAGGCAGAGGAGGUGCUGCCAAGGGAUCAUGAGAAUGCCCGGAGAUUCGCUAAAGGACUCCGGGACCUGGCAUCACCCAUUUGCUCCGUGGAUCCCGACACUGUGGAGACCAACAUGGUGCUGGUGCAGGUGGCGGGGUGGCCUCCUGCUGAGCUGUGCCAGCGCCUACAGGCUGUGAGCGCUGAGGAGGUGGCUCAGACUGGCCGCGCUGUGAGCGUGGUGCUCUUUCCCUGGACAGAACACUCCGUGCGAGCCGUGUGGCACCGGGAUGUGUCUGCUCAGGACACGGAACUGGCGCUGAGGAAGUGGGAAUUUGUGCUGAGGCAGUUGAGGCCCUGAGGUCAGGGGACCAGGAACCCUGUGCCCUGGCUGGGAUUGAAGUGUGGAGUGAGCUGGUCCAAGCCAUUAGCCUAGUGGAGGCCCGCCCUUCUGGGGGAUGACGACACCACUCCGGCCUCUGAAUUCCUCCACUGGCACUCCUGUGAUGGCCUCAUUCAGUCAGGAACAACCAGGCACGGGCGGGGAUAAGAAGGGGCUGAAUUCAGGAAGCACACCUGGGGCUGGGACACCCAGCGUGAGUGCCUGGUGUGUGUAAGCCCCGGGUCUAGUCCCAGCACUGUAUAAACAGGUGUGUUGACUCACACCUGUAAUCUUAGCAAGCUGAGAAAUUAGAAGUUCAAGGUUGGGCUGGAGAGACGUCUCAGGGUUUGAGAGCACUGGCUGUUCUUCCAGAGUUCGAUUCCCAGCAACCACAUGGUGGCUCACAACCAUCUGUAAUGAGAUCUGGUGCCCUCUUCUGGCCUGCAGCCAUACAUGCAGGCCGAGCACUGUAUAGAUAAUAAAUAUUUUUUUUUUAAAAAGU